AGUUUCGGCUAGCGCUUCGCAGUUGAACGUCGCGACGUACAAAUCGUUCCAAAAAAAUUCCCGGGCCGGAAAAUUUCCGACCACUUUUCCGGGCCAACUUGAAAGUGGAUAAAAAAUCUUUGAGAUCCUUUCCUACUGACAAUACAAUCGGAAUAAAAAAGCUACACUGACAUCCCUCGUGAAAAAGUUUGUUACUGAAAUUUCUUUGAAAACUUUUUCGUGAAGUUGAAAUGUGAAAUCGCUAAUUUGUGCUAUCAUUUAAGUUUUUCAAUUAAUUUCUGGAAUAUAAAAUUGAUGCUGAUUGGUUUGAAGGAAAAUAAUAACGAAUGCUGGAGAAUAAUUUCAGAGGAUCUGAAGUUUGAAAAAAGUGGAUUUAACUUUGUGGAUUUAUUUCUAUGGUGUUGAUACAGACUGAUGAGUAAUGCACCACCACCACGUCCCUCCAUACGGCAAUUGGACUCUGUUUAGCCACUACAACUCCAGCCACUACCACGACCAGGACCUGCAAUACGGUGACUAUAAACAGUACGACGAAGAAUCAUGGCCGCCCACCCAGGAAUGCCCCGCCAUCAUGAAACUCUUCGACCUGGACUUCUUCCAUCUGUACUACAUCCCCACCAUCAUAUCCGUGGGACUGGUGGGGAAUCUGUUGUCGUGUGUUGUGUUUUUGCGGACCCAUUUGAAGAUGAGAAGUUCGAGUUAUUAUCUGGCGGCGCUGGCUACGGCUGAUUUUGGAUUCAAUGUGACACUGCUGCUGGUGUGGCUGAGUGGAUUUGGGCUGAGGGUGUUCAAUGAGGAGGGGUGGUGUCAGGGGGUGGUGUACUUCUCCUCUGUCUGCAGUUUCCUCAGCGUCUGGUUGAUUGUGGCAUUCACCGUGGAGAGAUUCAUUGCGGUUCAGUACCCCCUACAUCGCCCACACAUGUGUACAGUGGAGCGAGCCAAAGCGGUUGUUUCCCUGCUAGCCGCUCUGGCCCUUCUACUCCACUGCUACAGCUUCUUCACGGCCAGCGUCCGGCUCUCGCCCGAGGGCGGCGACCAGAUCUGCGAGAUGAACGAGCGAUACCGCGAGGCUAUGAGAGUCAUCAACAUCGUCGACACCGUGCUCACCCUCAUUGUCCCGCUGGCCUUGAUCGUUGUCAUGAACACCAUGAUCACCAGGAACCUGCUGAGGUUCGGCAAGCGACUGCAGCAACAGAACAACCAGUCUAACCCGCCGCCGACACCGCAGCUGCAGUCUGAUUUCAAUCUCAAUCAGAUAAAUUCGAGCAGUUCUACCAACAAAAUCUGCCGCGGGCCGUCUCAGCAGUCGUUCCACUCGUCGAACAGGGCUGCCACCUCCAGCUCCAGUCAUGUGCAGAUGCAGGCGCAGACUGUGGUCACCACCAGGCUUACCAACGCCACCACGCAGGAGACACCGCCACAGGCCACCAGAUGCAUACAUAUAAGGUCUUCAAGAACCAAUUUAGUUUCGACCAAAACUCAGCAGAGUAUAACAAAGAUGCUGCUUCUCAUAUCUACCGUGUUUGUGAUGCUCAAUCUACCCAGUUACGUGAUACGUUUGUACGUGUUCGUGUGCUUCUCGCUAUGGCGACAGGAAGCAUCCAACUCACUGUGGUGCAUGCAGCAGUUCUUCAUGCUGCUCUACUACACCAAUUUCAGCAUCAACUUCCUGCUCUACUCCAUGUGCGGCAUAACGUUCCGUCGCUGUCUCUGGCAGCUGAUACGCAACAAGCUCAAAGCGCUGACGCGACACAAGUGCUUUUUCCUGCGCCAGCGCAGCUAGUUCCGGCCCCAGGACUUCCAGCUCGACUCGCUCACUCGACCCACUUGAGGCGACACGCUCAAGGUCACGUGACUCUCGACACAAGGUCACGUGACUCACUCAAGGUCAAAGGACUCACGUGAAUCAAGAAGGUCAAGAGUCUGACGACUCAAGGUCAUGUAGCUCACUCUAUAUCUUGUGACCCACGAUUCAAAGACUCAAGAUUCAAUCAAGGUCAAGAGUCUGAUGUCUCAAGGUCACGUGACUCACUCCAAGUCUUGUUCAGAUGACUCGAUGAAGGUCAAGUAUCUGACAUCUCAAGGUCACGUGACCUGCUUGAGAUAAGCUGAAUGAUCCAGUUGUCUAGAAAUCACUUAAGGUCAAAAGACUGACGUUUCAAGGUCACAUAACCUCCUUGAGGUCGGUUGGGUGAUCAAGUUGUCUAGAAGUCACUGAAGGACGAGAAAAUUAUGUCUGAAGAUCACGUGACCCAGUUGAAAUCAUUAGGGUGACCAAGUUGUCUCUAGAAAUCACUCAAGGUCAAGUAACUUACCCAAGUCUCAAGGUCACGUGACCCGCUUGAGAUCAGUUGGGUGAUCAAGUUGCCUAUAGUCCGAGAGAUAUAACUUUUUAAACGGCUCUCUCUUGAAUACAGUGAGAUUUGAUACUCUCCUCUCCACCAAUCACUCUCACUACCUAACAGCAUUCUCCCUACUUUUGUGUCAGCAUUCAAUUGUGUGCGGUAUGCUUACUCCUCUCCACUACUCUGUCCAUGCUACAAACUGUGCAAGGAGAAAACGGUUUCCACUCUUUAUGUUAGAAGUAAUAUCUCUCGGACUAUAGAAGUCACUCAAAUUCAAGAAAGUGACGUCUCAAGAUCACGUGACCAGCUUGAGAUCAGAGUUGGGUGAAGUGACCCAGUUCUCUAGGAGCUUCUAGGUGAUUACACUGACCUUGAGUAGGUCAGGUGACCCAGUUGAGCGAGUGUGUGCAUGCGGAAGUCUUCGGAAUGACUAAUAGAGAACAGAGAGUGAUAGUGUGACAAAAUUACUGGGGCAAUUCGAUUUGAAUAUAGCUUUGUGUGUAUAAUAUUUUAUAUUGAAUGGGGAUAUAGGACUGGAGAGUGUAAUUGAGAAAGAAAUUUUUUUUUGAAAAAUAUGUCAUAAUAAGGAAGGUGGGAAAUGGUCAAGAUCUGUUACAAUUUGAUUUGGUUUGAAUGAAGGGUUUGAAAAUUUGUAUUGAAUUGGAGAGUAAAUUUUUUUGAACUCAGGUUUCAAAGUUAAAAGUUCCGCUACUCCAUGUUCAUUCUCCUCACUUCAUGAAGUCUGAACGAUCAAGUUACGUUCAAGUGAUGGAUAGUUUCUAAAUGGCGUAGGCUAAUUUUACUCCACUCGGAUGAAGAGUUGAAUCACUGAUUUAGACGAAUGACUACAAGAAAUAAAUAAUUCCAUAUUAAAAUACUGUACAUAAAGGUUUCUACCUUAAUUAUGAUAAUCUCAAAUAAUUUUUUAUUAUGUGAUACCCAAGGCAAUAAUCCGUAACAGAGCUGGAGGAUUCAGAAAAUAUCAAUUCAAGAUAUCUGAUGUGUAUUAUUCAUUUGGAAAUGAUCUUAUAAAAUUAUUUGAUAUUCCACUGGUUAUAAUGCAGUUCACAAUCACUUUUCAAUUAUUUUAAAUUGCUAUUUUUCGUCGAAAAGAUGUCAGAUGGAGGUAUGAUUAUUAUUCAUCAAAAGUAUUUGAAUUGAGAUUAUAAUCCAAUUAUAUUAUUAUAAUUGAGUUUGUAUUUGAGAAGAUAUUGUCAACCGGCGAAUUGAAUAAAUAUAGACAGUAAAGGAGUUUAAAAAAAUGAAUGCGAGUCAACCGAUGCAGUAAAUUGUUCAAAUCAAUGUCAAUGGAUAUGGAAGUAGAAAUUUUUCACACUGUGUAUCAAAUAAAGCUUCAAUGUGUUUGAUAUCUAUGUAAAGUAAUAAUUUAUUCAUUACUAAACAUUUUAUCAAGAUCAGUGGAUCAAAUUAGUUUUGCUUAGAUGUGAAAUUUCAUCACCAAUUUAUUGAUGUUUAUCAGUCAAUACAAUCAUAUUAAGACACUUCAUUGACAUGGGCUACUUUUAAAUUUUAAUAAAACAAAAUAGAAUCUUAUAGCACCCUUUAUUUUUAAAAAACUUUAAAAUAGUUGAACAACUAGUUUCGGUGAUAUCAGACCAUCGUCAGGUUAUAAAUUAAAAUCGAUUUAGAUGAAUAGAUUCAUCGAAUCUAUCACCGAAACUAGUUGUUCAACUAUUUUAAAUUUUUUUAAAAAUAAAGGGUGCUAUAAAAUUCUAUUUUGUUUUAUCAAUAAUAUCAAGUUAUAAGGAAACUAUUGAAUCUUCAAUAUCAAUUGUAGAUCUUCAAGAUUAAGCAGUCUUGAGGAUUAUGUUUGUAAUGAAAACCAAUUUGACAGAUCAUAGUAAGUUACAAGUUCCUAAAAUAUUUUUCAAAGUCUUCUAGUUUUCCAGCUUCAAAGACUUAAUGCUCCAUGAAGAAACUCAGCUAUUGUACAUAAGUUACUGUAGUAACAACCCUACUGAGUUCUUCAUCUUUAUGUGAUAAAUGGAUUUGAUGUUGCUUAGAGUAAGAUAAAUUACAUUUUUCGAUAUAAACUGAGCUGUUUGAAUCAUUAGCACUAUUUCGUCUUGAAGGCAUUUCAGAUUUUUCUAAAUCAUAUUAUAUUGAAUAGAAAUUUUGUACACAUUCUCUGCAUUGCUCUAUGGAUUUUGUAUGACUAUGUAUGAUUAUCUGGAAAUAUGUUGUCACGACUCAUAAAUAAAAAAAU